CGAGGCACUCACACAACACAAAAGGUCCGUCGCUCACCAUCAUGCUAUUCUGAGUGUGCUCCUUCAUCGCGAGAUCCCCGCGAAGCACGUUCACCUGCGAUACAACAUCCACCAUGGCCGAGACAUACACUAUUCCCCAGUCCCUUCGGCCCGGCCAUGCUAGUGAACAUGCCUCGGUCCGCCGCGACAGCGCACCCACGAUGAGCUCAGGCAAGCGACUGAUUGUGUGCUGCGAUGGUACCUGGCAGGAUGGAAUCGUUGUCAAUGCUAAAUGGAAGUACACGAAUGUCUUGCGUCUUGCUAGGACAAUCAGGCAUUCAGACGAAAGGCUAAACCCGCCCGUAGCUCAGAUAGUAUUCUAUCAGUCCGGCAUAGGAUCUGCGCAUAACCUUUACUCUGAGGUCAUCGACGGUACUACGGGGGCCUCUCUAGGUGACAAACUCGAGGAAGCAUACUCCUUCUUGGCUCAGAACUACCACCCUGGCGAUGAGAUUUUUCUCUUCGGGUUCUCGCGGGGCGCGUAUACUGCUCGCACUAUUGCUUCCCUCAUAGGAGACAUUGGUGUCCUCGACCGGACGGAGAUGGACCAUUUCGCGGAGAUAUUCGUCUCUCUGCAGAAACGAGCAAAGUCUACUGACCCAGACGAGAUCGGACAGCUCGAUGCAAUCCUGGCGCCAUGGACCGGCCCCCAAGCUCCUGGGAUGCUACGCACAGACCACGGGCCAGAGGGCUUCUCUGUCAAAUGCGUCGGAGUCUUCGAAACAGUCGGAUCAGUGGGUCUGCCCGAAGAACUGACUCUCCAUUCAGAGAAGACAAAGAACCUCCUUGGCUUCCGUGAUAAGAAGCUCGGGCCCCACGUCGAAAGGGCGUGUCACGCUCUUGCUCUGAAUGAGCCGCGCGCUGACUUCGACUGUGCGAAGUUUGAGCAAACCGAAGCAGGAAGACGGAAAGGACAGAUACUGAAGCAGUGCUGGUUUACUGGCUGUCACUCAGACGUUGGUGGAGGGUAUCAGCAACAUGACCUUUCCGACUUGACGUUGACUUGGAUGGCGGCAAAUAUCGGUGACAUGCUGGACUUGAAUCUUGAGUACUUGAUGACCCUGCCGCAACCAGUGAAGCCGUGGGGACAACUGCCUCCACACGACCCCUUGACAGGAGUCUACAGCCUCGCAAAGACCAUUCAGCGCAAAUUGCCCACUGUCACGGACGACGUCACCCACGAAACGGUGCACCUAUCUGUCUUGGAACAGCCGCACAUCUUACCCGAGCUAGCUGAGAAUAUUCAGAAGAAUCCACGCCUAAUAUGCGCUCUCCUUCCGCUAGAAGAGGAGCUCAGGCAUCGAUGGCAUGUGGCUGCCGAGAAUGCGAGCGCACAGGCCCACGCAGGCGUGUCCCUCAGCGAGUUCGUCAUGGCAGCACAUCACGAAGGUUCUGGGCACCGGGUUGUGUCCGAAGCGAAGAAAUGGGUGGAUUUCGCCGUGGACAAUAGCACCGCCGCAGUCAUGAAGCACCUCUUGCGUUGACCCCACACAAGAUACGUGGAAGACCUGUUCAAGUUCAGACGAUUGGGGUAUCUGACGGGCUAGGAAUAUGUACACUUCGUUAGCUUGAACUCCGGAUAAUAGACGUCGCGGUAAUUUGUCUGGUGCAUUGAUCAUUACAGCACCUUCUCUUGCUGAUAUGUCAUCUUUGACAGGCAGUUAAGUACCUGGUGUGGCUUGGGUGUGGCUCAAUUAUCUUCAGGUGCGUAGGAUAGUCUUCCGGACUCUUCCCCGCGCCGCUCGGGCUCGGGGGCGCCAGUGCUAGUGAGCUUGUGAUCAUAAAUGCGAUCUUCAAUGCAAAGCCACUACAUAAGUUACGGAGAACUGGCCAGGAUAUCAUCGUGAUCCUCGGGCUUGUACCGUACCGGUAGAUCCGAAUCUACCCAAUUGUUUGAGGUGC